UAAAAUAAUCCAGGUCAUCAUCCCCUCAUCCCGCUGCAGCCUAAAGGGUGGAGGGAGCGCCAUGUGCUCCUCUUCUCUGCACACUCCUCUCUCUCUCUCCCUCCCUCUCUCUCUCCCUCUCUCUCUCUCUCCUUUUUCCGAGGCGGUGUGGCAGCACAAGUCUCCUAACGCAGUAAGACUGUAGCCUGCACUGGUGCCGCCCUCGCAGCCCCGGAGGAGGAUCUGGACGUUGCCGGGUGCCGUUGCAGGACUAGGGGGGUUAACUGUACCCUCUGGAGGGUCUGUCCCACAGGCGUGCCUGCUCUCGAAGGCUACUUGUAGGGGAAGCUGUGGCCCAGUGAGGCUGCAGCAGGGAGAUGGAGAGCUUGUCCAUGGAUGACGACAGGCUGUCCUUCCUCCGCUCCACGCCGUUCAGCUUCAGUCUGUACAACAGGGACGGCCCCAACCGCGUGGAGAUCUUCGACAUCACCCGCAUCCCCACCUGCCGCAGCGCCAUCUCCGAGACCACCUGCCUCUGCGACAUUUUCGGGGACGACUGCGAGUCGCCCACCCUCUCCAGCAGCCCCCCGACCGGGUCGCUCGCCAAAGUAGAGGAAGACAAGUUUGCACGGGCAGACGACUCCCCCAACGAUUCCCCCGGGUCCUACCACACGGCUAACGGCUCAGAGCAGCUGAGCGACUCCAGCGACACGUUCGAAGAUUCUAAAGACGUCCUCUCCCCUGUACCUCCACCGACUGCCUCCUUACCUGAAGCCAGGGGUGCGUCACCCUUGUCCAAAUCCAAUGGCCUAUCCCCUGACCCCCAGACCACGCCCCCCUCAGCUCAAUCCAAGGGAACUGCCUCCUCACCAAGGAGUGUAGCCCCCUUGUCUCUCUCACCUGAACCCAGGAGUGCUAACAUCUCACCCAAACAUAGGACUACUGCCAGCCCUCAUACCCCAAGCAUUAAAUUCCCUUCACUUGAAGCCAGCUGUUCAGGUCUGUCAUCUGAACACAGGAGCAUCGACAUCUCUCCUAAAUCUGAAGCAACUGCCACCCCUUACAAGCAUAGGAGCACAGCCCCCUCACCUGCACCCAGGGACACCGAUGUCUUUUAUGAGGCAACAGAUACUACCCCCACUCCUGAAGACUGGGAUGUACGGCACACAACUGAACCCAGAGGCACAGAGCCCAGGAUUACUGCCAUCCCACCUGAACCCAGAUCUAUAUCGCCAGAACUACAACACAGGGUUAAACCCUCCAGACCAGAACCUAGCGUUGCAUCCUUACAAACAGAAUAUAAGCCUAGCUCCCUAGAACUGGAACUCAGAGCUGAAAUCCCUGACUCAGAACCUAGAAAUACUUCUCCCAAGCCAGAACCCAGGGCUCUAUCUGCAGAACCAGAACCCAGGGCUACAUUCUCAGAACCAGGCCCCAGGGCCAUAUCCCCAGAAAUAAAACCAAGAACUACAUCCCCCAAACAAGAACUCAGUGCUGCAUCCACAGAACCAGAAUCCAGGGUUGUAUCCUCCAAAUUAGAACCUAGUGUUACAUCCUUAGAACCAGAGCCAAGAGAUAAAUCCCCAGUAAUAAAACCCAGGGCUAUAUUCCCCUUAAAGGAACUGAGUGCUAUACUGCCAGAACCGGAACCUAGUGCUACGUCCCCAGAACCAGAAUUUAGGACUCAAUUUCCAGAACCAAAAUCUAGUGAUACAUCCCCAGAACCAGAACCUAGUACUACAUCCCCAGAACCAGAAUUUAGGACGCUAUCUCCAGAACCAGAACCUAGUGCUACAUCUCCACAGCAAGAAUGUUGUGCUGCAUCACCAGAACCAGAAUUUCAGACUCAAUUUCCAGAAUUAGAACCUAGUGCUAUAUCCUCAGAACCAGAAUUUAGGACUCCAUCCCCAGAAUCAAAACCUAGUGCUACAUCCCCAGAACCAGACUUUAAGGCUCCAUAUCCAGAAGCAGAACUUAGUGCUGCAUCCCCAGAACCAGAAUUUAGGACUCCAUCUCCAGAACAAGAACCUAGUGCUACAUCCCCAGAACCAGAAUUUAGGACUCCAUCUCCAGAACAAGAACCUAGUGCUACAUACCCAGAACCAGAAUGUAGGACUCCAUCUCCAGAACAAGAACCCAGUGCCACAUACCCAGAACCAGAAUUUAGGACUCAAUAUCCAGAACCAGAACCUAGUGCUACAUCCCCAGAACCAGAAUUUAGGACUCCAUCUCCAGAACCAGAACCUAGUGCUACAUCUACAGAACCAGAACCUAGUGCUACAUCUACAGAACCAGAACCUAGUGCCACAUCCUCAGAACCAGAAUUUAGGACUCCAUCUCCAGAACCAGAACCUAGUGCUACAUCUACAGAACCAGAACCUAGUGCCACAUCCUCAGAACCAGAAUUUAGGACUAAAUCUCCAGAAUCAGAAUCUAGUGCUACAUCUUCUAAAUCUGAACCAAGAUCUACUUACCCAGAACUGAACACUAUCUGUCCAUCACCUGAAGGCACAAUCUCUGCCAGUUCCCCCAAACCCAGGGGCCUUGUGGUCUCCCUUAAACCCAAUGCUACUUUCUCCUCAGCCGAAUCCAUAGAAACAGUUCUAUUACGGGAAACAACAAUAACUGCCCACACAGCUGAAUCCAAGGCUAGCAGCCCUACACAAGAACCUAGGAUAAAAGAUCCCUCGCAUGAACCUAGACAAACUAACCCUUCUCUGGAGAUGAGAAGCACCAAUCUCUCUCUUGAAUCUAAGACUGCCACCCAUGGAUUAGAAACCUGGUGCUCCACUGCCUCACCUGAACCCCCAAGCACAGUUAACUCACGUGAACAACGGAAUUCAGAGAUCUCAUCUGAACCCAGGCGCCCCACUAUAUCUGCAGAGUGCAAAAAUCCAGAAUUAUUUAAACUUACAGGCCAUGCCGCUGAACAUUCAGGAACCGCUGCGGUGUUGGAACUUGGAGAUCGGGAUCAAUUGCUUAAACCUACAACAGAACCCACAGACACAAGCUGCCCACCCAAGCCCUGCGAAAGAGAGGAGGGAAGGAUGACUGCUGUCCUGGCCAACAGCAAUGCUGGUGAGGGGCUUCAGUCUGCACAGCCCCUGUUCGCCUCAGAAACGGUCUCAAUCAGACCCCCUGGGAACCGAAAGAGCGAGGCGGGCCCGUCAGAAGAGACUGCCGCAGAGGGCCCAGGACUGAUCAGCGCACCACGGGAGCCGGGAGUUUCCACAUCUGGGGAAAGCCCCACUGUGCAACCCAGGCAGGGGGACAACAGCCAGCCUCACAGGGACAAGGGGCAGAGGGAGGGGGGAGAGGAGGAGGAGGAGGAGCAUAAAAUAGAGGAGCGGGGAGCAGAUGAGGGGGAGGGCAGCCGGGAAAAGGCCAGUUACGAAGAGCAACAGGUUGAGCUGUCAUUCAGUGCCAGGAAUAGAAGAGCGCCUGUGAGCCCCAGCUCGGCACCCACAUGCAGGCAGCUCCGGACGGGAAUGCCAGCUGGUUGUUAUUCAGACUGUCUGCUCGUCACCCAGCAGCAACAGCAGCAAAACCCGCUCAGAACUCUCAGCUCACAGAAGGAGAACCAGGCUCGCGCCAGGAAGCCUCGACCGAUUCCUCGGCCCACCAGAAGCAGCGCUAGCCAGCGCCCUGCCCCCGAAUACUCCAGUGAAACCUCCAGCAUGGGCAGCGAGUUGGAUGAAGCCGAUGACGAGGUGAAGUGGUUCACAGACCAGGCCUUCAGAAGCCUUUCCAGUCCUCAGGCAGACUACCUGGACGUGUAUAACUCCAGCCACAGGUCUUCCACAAAUGUAUCGCAGCUCUCCACGGAGGACAGCCCUGGAGCCACUGCUUGGUCGGCGUACGCGGACCUGCAGGGCUCCAUUCGCCACGAUGGCGACAAUCUCCCCCACCAGCCACCCGCGGGCCUCGCCCCGGACAGACUGGACGCGACCAGGCGCUUUGAGAUGGGGAGCUUCGAAUGCGUGGACGUGGCACUGGAGAGCCGGGAGGACGUGCGAAGAGGGAAGAGGACGGUGCCGAAGAGGCAGAUCCAGCUGAAGAGGCGGGACACCAGCGAAUCACAGGUCAGCGAGAAUGAUGAAGCGGCCACCGAUGCUGCCAAUGAGGCAGCGCCAGGCCAGAGGCAUUCAAGGGACGCGCUGCUGCGCCAGCACAGCACGCCAGCCGCCGUCCACGAGGAGUCCUGCAAGGAAGUCAAACCCGAACCAGGCGACAGGAAGCAGAAACUCCAGAAGUCCCUCUCCUUGGAUGAGACAUCUAGCAAAACAAAAACGGCCUCCUGCCUGAUCAAGAGCGUCCUCUCCAAGAAGAUGCAGCACAACCAGACUCUCGCCAUCUCCCAGCCGUCUCUCCAGAGCGGGGACUCCAGCUCCGCCGUGGGGAAGAAUGCGUCACCUGAAAGCUCGCACUCGGUCACAGAGACCCCCAAAAUGGAGGGGUCAAACCUGAGCAGCGAGCUCCCCUCAGACUGCAGCCUUUCAGAAGAAGACCUCCCACUCCAGGUGGAAUCUGCCCCACAGAGCAGCUCAGUGAAACAGCACAGGAGCUUUGACCCCAAACCACAGCCAAAACCUUUGGGCAGAUAUGGCUACAGUCCACUCCAGAGUGGCGCAAGCAGUCUAGAGUUUCAGAAGAACAACACCGGGAAGCAGGGUAUGAGAUCUGAACUGGUCAUCCCGUUCGAAAGUCCAAAGACAGAGAAACGGAGUGGCAGAGAGAUGUGGAAGCAGAGCAGCAGGGAGACAGAGAAACAGAGCAACAAAGAAAUGGAUAAACAGCGUGGCAGUGUGUGGAAACAGGGCAACGGAGGUGUAGAGAAACAGAGAGGCAGAGAUUGGGUAAAACUGCCGAGCGACGAGAACCUGUGUGAGAAGCACUCGGGUGACUCAGCAAAUGCCGUCUCCGGGAACACAGGCGCCGCUGCUACCCGAGCUCCCGGCGCUCCGGGCGGAAUGACAAACAGAAACCAGGAAUGCUACACCACCAGGUCGGAAAACUAUAAACAACAGAGCGCCAGGAGCACGUUCAUGUCCAAAACGCCAGAAAUAAUGCUCAAGCCUUGCACCGCCAGGGAGAAGAAAAAGAGUUCCCUGACGAUGGACUGCCUCUCCGGUGACUCGGCGCCCAAACAGGAAGAGAGUCGCGUGGCCCCCUCGCCCGGGCGACUGCCGGAAAAAGAAACACACGAGCGUGAGACGGAGAGCAAGACAGGAGACCGCCCAGAGAAUGGGGAGGCGUUUGAGAAGAACAGACCCAGAGCCCCCGUCCACAAGGUGAGGGACGUGAGGAAGCUGGUGAAGAACACUUACAAUCUGUCAUUUAAGGCCACUGCAGUGCCGGCGCAGGACAGCGCCCCCUGGGCCGAGGUGGUGGAAAAGCCCCCACCCAUGCAGAUUGAGUACGUCAGCCGGAAGGUAGAGGGGCUGGCAACCGGCCGACCAGGUGAGAGGCAAGCAGAGGGGGAGAAAGCACAGGUACCUGUGCAGGUCCAUUCACAGGAACCUACACAGGUGUCUGCACAGGUGCAUCCACAGGUACCUGUGCAGGUGCAUUCACAGGAACCGACACAGGUGUCUGCACAGGUGCAUCCACAGGGUCCGCCACAGGUAUCAGCACAAGUGCAGCCGCAGGUACCUGUGCAGAUGCCUCCACAGAAGGUCACACAAACCGCCUCCCUUCACAUCACUCCUAGGGGCCGUUUGUCCGAAGCUGGAGCUGCCGCACCGGACACUGCAGCCACAGAAGCUAACACUUCAGGCGUGUCAGAACCAGCCAGCCGCACAGAGAAAGUGCCUGGGGGUGGCACUCGUCACCCUAAGCUGGGCAGCACCCCCAAACUCCCCAGUAAGGACAGGGAAGUGUCCACGCUGAUGUUCCUGCAGAAUGGGCUUCCGGAGGGCGGGCUUGAACCCGGAGCACUGCCCCCUCUCGCCCUGACCGCCACCAGCUGCAGUCGCUCCGUCUCCAUGCUCCUGAAGGAGAAGGGCUUCCAGGCUGAUAUCGGAGUCUGCGACGCCCCGGCCGACGACCCUAACGCUACCGAAAAACACGUCAACACGCUGGAGGUGCCCCUGCAGACCUGCUCCGCAGAGGGGGCCUCAUCUGAGCCCUCGGACCCUGUCCCGCCUCCUGCACGCUCCUCCCCUUCUGCCCCCACCCCAUUGAUGGACCCUAAGGAGGAACGCCACCCUAGGAACCCCACCCCUCCUCAGCUCAGGGAGAUGGAUCUCGAGAGGACAAGUCUGAAACCCAGAGAGAACAACACAGGGGCCCAGGACCCAACACCCAGUUCGCCACAAACACCAGCAGCAACAUCCAGUGACAGACCCCGGCUGACACACGUGAAAACAGUGUCCACCUGCACAAGAAAACCAGCACCAGCAGCGGCAGGAUCCCCAACAUCCAGCUGCAAGCAACAGUCGGCAUCUGCAGCAGCACAACUCCACAGCAGCGACACGCAAACGUCAGCGCCGCUUGCAGCAUCCAGCAAGGAGAAUCAACCUGCGUUGUCGGCAAUCUCCAGCUGCAAACAAAAACCUCCUUUGACCAGCAGCCCAGAGCAGCCGAAUUUAACGCACAGCGACGCCCAGGAGCAGGUAGCGUUAGUUUCGUCCUGCAGCUCGUCCUGCAGCCAAUCUUCAGUGUCCACCGCAUCUCAAUCCCCGAGCUGCUCACAGCAGUCAACGAUCAGCAUAACGUCCACCAAGCGAAUCGAGAGUAGCAACCUACGCUAUUACGCCUCGGACGACCCCCCAAGCUACGAUGAAAGGGAGAGCUUCAGCCCACUGCUGCUGACGGACUUGUACUCCAGGAAACCGAACCGGUACCACCCACCCGUCCAGGCUCCACCCUGUUCCUGUGCAGCGGACGGCGUCCCCUGCCCUGGACCCCCUGACAUCACACCCCUCGUGCCUGGGCCCUCAACUGCCCAGGCUCCGCCCUCACACACCCAAGCCCCGCCCUCUCUUGCUGCUCCGCCCCCAGCUCGCCACCACCAUCAGCGAUCAGACGGCCGCUCUCUGAGCUACAAGCCGGGCUCCCCCAAGGGUGCUCCGCCAAGCCUCGCCCAGGCCCCCCCCCACCCGUUUCAGCCUCUUCACCACCCGCCUCCCGGCCUGCCAGCCUGCCCCCCCCUACUGCCGCAGCCCCGCCCCGAAAACAGCAGGCAGCCCCCCCCAGGCCAGCAGGCGGACAGGCGGCCGGGGCAGCAGCGCUCCCCCCAGCAUCCAGCUUCGCUGUCGGGCAGCAGCACCUACUCCAGCCACUCCACCCACUCGCCGGGCGUGCCCCCCCUGGAGGUGAGGCCGCAGUACCUGUGCACCCCCCCGGGGUUUGUGUCCCCUUACGGCUCAGAGUACGGCGGCGAGGGCGGCGGGGGCGGCGGCAUGCUGUACCCCGAGGGCGGGGGCGGCCUGGGGUACGGGCAGAGCCCUCGACGGGUGCUGCUGGACCCCGAAACGGGGAAGUACUUCUACAUCGAGGUGCCCAUGCAGCCGCUGCGCAAGAUGCUGUUCGACCCCGAGACGGGGCAGUACGUGGAGGUGCUGAUCCCGCAGCAGACGCUGUCCCACUCCGGCCUGUAUCCCCCCGUCGCCGCCCCCUACCCCUCCAUGCACAACCCGGGGAUGUACGCGCCGCAGUACCUGCCCUACUCCGUGCCCCCCCACUCCCAGCCCCCGUCCCCCCGCCACGCCGAGGCCCCGCCCCCGCAAGGGCUGCACCAGAGCAACGGGGGGUUCGGGACCCCCAGCAACCGGAGCCCCAAAACGGAGCCCCAAAACCACCCGCCGCUGGAUCAGGGCUACCUGGAGAGCAUGUACUACAUUCCCACCGGGAUGACCGCCAGUCCGAACCCCGCCCCUCCGGAAUUCUAUCAGAAGCUGCCCCCCAGCCUGCCGAACUCGGGGGGCAAAAGGUCCUGAAUGAAGAAAAGGGCCAGGUGUGUGAGUCAGCCGAUCCGUAUUUCUGAAACUUUUAGGAAGUUCACAUUGGGCCUGAAGGGAGGGUCUGGGUUUUUUUUUCUGGGUGAUUCUCUCCAAGCGUAUGAUCACUGUGUCUUCAUGAACAUUCUGUGCUUUGAUUAAAUCUCUCCGCAAGAGAGGUAAAAUCCACAUUCACCUGUCCGGCUUGACAAGAAAGCAGAAAAACUAGCGAAAGGACAGUGUUGGAGGAUGCUUCCUUUUUUGAGACAAGGCCACUAACUGCAGUGAAAAUAUGAACACUUCCUGUAUGGAGACGAUGUGCACACUUCUUGUGCGGUGAAGAUGCGAGCACUUUUUUGUAUGUUGGAUAUGUGGGCACUUCCUGUACAGAGAAGAUGCGGAUACUUCCUGUAUGUUAGAAAUGUGGGCACUUCCGGAAAAGUGGAAAUAGUCAGGGCUUCAUGUUCAAAGACAGAACAGUCUCAUUCGCAUUUGCAUGGCUAGCUAAACUCGCCUCUCUUCUGCUCAAUUCAGGGGCCUGACCAUCAUUGCUUUCUCAACCCCUUCUCUUUAUUUCUCUUGCUUUGAUUGCCUUUUAUUGAAUUAAUGUUUAACAAUAACUUGAGUGAAGAAUACAUGCUCAGGCUCACCUUGUGAGCUGAACAGUCCGCUUGUCUAUGCACACGUUCGUAAAGUGAACGGGCUUAAACCUUUUUAAAACUCUGCUCUUGCACUGAAAGUUAGCUUUGUUGCUGCAUUUUUUGUGUUUAUUUUCACGGUGCUAAUUGUUAGUCACCCAGACAGGGUCAACCACAGGGAUUUUGGAGGAUGUAGUCAGGGGUCUGAAACAAACUUAUAUUAUAUCACCCGAUCUACCUUCUGCCUUUUCCUCCCAAAGAUUCAACACAUGGCACCUCUGGAAAUGUUUUUGGUAACUUUGUUAUUCCCUGCUCUUGCUCUUGUAAAUGAUGGCAGGGGGUUUGCGCGUACAGCGAAAAUGUCGUUUGUAAGAAGCGUGUCCUUUCAUGAAACAGCGCUGCGACAGUACUUUAACAAUGACAUCAUGACUGUAAUGACAUCCCGUUAACAAUACAGCGAUAAAGCAGCUAAUCACGCCCUCUGAUCUCUGAGUCUGCAGAGGAGAGCUGACUAUGAUCAGGUUUCCGGGGCGUUUGGAUCUGAUGUAAAUAAGAGCGUAGACUUGUAGAGCACCAACUGCCCAAGUGCUUACACUGGUUGCCGCGGUGAUGGAGGCACUGAGCAUGCUCAAGGGAGCGCCACAGGUUUCCAUAGGAACCAUCUCACACCUCAGUCUCCUCACCUUGCAGCAUCGCAGCUUUAACACCUGCGCAGUGGGUCUACCUGUCACACCUGAUCCCCUUUCAGGCGGGAGCGUUUGUCCAUCGCUGGAAGGGCUGUUCAAUAUUUAUCACUGGUUAAAAUUAAUGAAUUAAUUCAUAUGCAAAUGAAAUGCAGUUUUUCCCCCCAGUGCUUCAGAAUUGCAUGCGACUUUUGUACACUAACGACAAAGACCUUACUUAGCCUUAAUAAAGAUGGUAUAUUUCUCA